AAAGAAGGCACAGAAUGGCUGACCCUCUGAGUGUAUCUUCUGCUGUUAUUGGAAUCGCCGCCAUCGGCUUUGUAGUUGCUAAAGGGCUCUACCAAAUCGCCGACAGAAUCGGCUCGGCUGGACAAGAAGUGCGCAUAUACGCCCAAGAGAUCCAGGCGUUCUCUAGGCUGUUGGAGAAAGUCAGGAGUGUGUUAUUGGAGCCCGCGAUUGCUUCUCUGGGGGAGUUUGAUUUGAUCGAGGAUGUCCUCAAUCUUUGUGAUCGGGUUCUCGCUCCGUUAAAUCGGUUACAAGACAACCUCAAGUCGCUCCUUGUUACCACGUCAAAGGACGGCCCUUCAAAGUUGCGGAGACUUGGUGCUAGAAUCCAGUGGGUAUUUAGUCACAAGGAAAAGCUUCUAUUCUAUCGAGGAGCGUUGCGAGCACAGCAUCGAAUUCUGGAUACAAUAUUGAUAUUGCUCAACCUUCAUGCAAAGAAUGCGUCCAAUGAUGCUCAGAAUAACUAUAUACUGCAAGUUUCACUGGAAAACUCGAUGGCUAUCGUAGUCAACUGCUUCAGUCAAUCCGCAACAACAGCACCCAGGCUUACAUUCGAAAAUCAACAGCGCAUCGACUUUCCCCUAACCAAGCGGGAAUCGUUUGAGAGCGACGGCCUCGAGUCCCAUCUAGGAGGCUCGCUGUCUCCCAGCCAAACCCCCACAACUGGCCCCCUGUCAUUUCGCUCUUAUGCUAGCUCGUCUACCUCGGACGACCUCAGUUCUAUUGACGAUUCCGUCGAGCAAGUGAUUAUCGAGACACUAGGCCCCGACUCAGAGUCUAAUGAGUCCCAACUCACCGAAGAUAUGAAACUAGUCUCUUCGAGGGUUCUCGUUCUUGCAUCGGAUGUUCUGCACGCAAGUGAACAAGAAGCAAGGACAACAAACAGCUUUAACAGCGAUACUGAGCAUCUGAUCGCCUUGAUUUGUGAGAGUCCAUUUGACCUAGCAGUUCUGAAAGCCAUGAUAGAUGUGAGCCAAGGGAGGAUCACCGGACCCAGUCUAGAAGACGACAACACCUACGAGCUCGGGCUCAUCGCAGACCACAAAGUCCUCAUAUUGUGUCUGCACACGGGUUACCUCGAUGGCGAAGGCGCCGCAGCAGCCGUCAUGCGCAUGUUUCAGAGUUUCCCAUCAAUCCGGGUUGGGAUCAUGGUCGGCGUUGGCGGAGGUGUGCCCUCGGCCAAAAACGAUAUCCGCCGUCGGGAUGUGGUCGUGGGAAUGUCUAGAUCCCACGGAACAGCCAGCCACCUGCAUUUCGACUUCGAUAACCAUGCCACGGAUCCAAAAAAGACAUCCGUCGUCAGAUUACCCACCGCCAUCGCCACCGCCAUCGCGGCCUUGGAAGCAGAAUGUAUCUUGGGAUUUAGGCGGAUCCUCGCAAUCCUCGACGAGACGCUCCCUAAGUACCCGGCUCUGCAGGAGCGUUUCCGAUACGCUUGGAGUCGCACGGACUUCAUGUUCGAGGCGGAGUAUGACUGCCAAGGUCAAAGCUGCGCGCAGUGUGAUCUCACUCGUACACUAAACCGCGCAGAGAGACCCAGCGAGGAUCCGGUCGUCCAUUUCGGCUCUAUUGCGUCCUGUGCUCAGGUCUUGCGCGACCCGCACAAAAGAGACGAACUAGGCAAAGCUUACAAUAUACUCUGUUUCGAGACUAAUCGUUCGGAGCUCCGCGCCAGCUUUCCUUUGCUUGUUGUCAGAGGGAUCGAGGGCUAUUGUGACACACAUCAUAGUCCCGUAUGGAAAGCAGGCGCCAUGGCCACGGCUGCCGCAUGGACCAAGGAACUUCUUCAAACUAUGCCACUGCCUCGUGCCUGACCCAGAAGCCAUGUAACAGGGUAGUUAGUUAACUAGUUAUAUCGGAUUUGUCUUACGGAGACAACUCAAACCUCUUAUUCCUGUCUCACAUCAUCUUUGGACUACAGCGAGGUUUUUUAUAAUGGUUUACCCAGAACAAAACGUUUCAAGGAGCUCCCUAUUUCUCUCUCUCUCUGUAGUUAUGAAUAGCUUUCAACAAUUGGUAUCUGGCUUAAUUUUAUAAGGGGUUUGCACUAAAAUUAUCCGACAA